AUGCGUCUCUUGAAUGUACAGACGCUCACUUUCACCAUCUUCCCCAAAGAUAGCCGCCCCGAAUAUGCAAUCGCAUCGCAUCGAUGGCUCGACGGUACAGAGGCAAUGUAUGAGGACAUUGUCGGCAAGAGAAUGGAUCUAGAAGGAUACAAGAAGGUCGCGGGAUUUGCAGAAUACGUCAAGAUCAAUAUCUCGCAUCUCAAAUGGUUGUGGAUCGAUACAUGCUGCAUAAAGCAGGAUAGUGAUAGAGAGCUAUCGGAAGCCAUCAACUCCAUGUUUCGCUGGUAUCGUGAAGCUGAAGUCUGUCUGGCGUAUCUUGCAGACGUUACUGUGGCAGAUGAUCUGUCGAGCUUUCGGCAAAGUGUUUGGUUCCGGCGAGCAUGGACUCUGCAAGAGCUUAUCGCACCGGAGCUGGUCGUGUUUCUAGCACGAGAUUGGCGACUAGUCGGACAUAAGGGACUCCCUGGCGAUCUCAAAACAAUCUCCAUCGAAUCUGGUCCCCUUCUCAAUCACGUUGUUGCCGCCGUCACAAAAAUUCCUGAAGAUGUUCUCGAGAACUAUGCCAGAAGCCUCGAUUUCAGUCUCGAGGAGAAGCUGGAAUGGACAGAUGGCAGGCAGGCGACGAGAGGAGAAGAUCUCUCAUAUUGUCUCCUCGGGAUCCUGGACGUUAGUAUGAACAUCCGCUAUGGAGAUGGUGAAGACAGGACUCGCAGCAGAUUGUUCAAAAAGAUGACCAAAAGCAAAGAGCUCGACAAAUUCGCUGUGAUGAGACAUCGUGUUCCUUUCGUUGUCAAAGACAUCCCCAGUGUUGAAUUCUACGUGCCGCGCGAACCAGAGACCGACAAACUAAGCUCAUUCUUCUUGCCAGAGAACACAAGCAAUGUCAGACGGACAUUCAUUGUGCAUGGUGUCAGUGGAGUCGGUAAAACCCAACUCUGUGCUAACUUUGCACGACAAUAUCACAACCGCUUCAGCGCAGUGUUUUGGCUCGAUGGUUCGUCCAAGGACGCACUGGUUCGAUCAAUCGCUCGGGUUGUGCCACGAAUUCCAGGAUACAAAGAAGAUCGCUCGAUCGAGUUCUCAGAAGCACAAACCCACGUGGUGCAACCAACCGUCGAGACUGCCACAGCACAAGCAAAAUUGACCAAACCACGUUUGAGGUUCUCCGAGUGGCUGUCAAUUCCUAGCAACGAUAGAUGGUUGCUGAUAAUUGAUGAUGUUGAUCGCGAGUGGUCCGCUGGAACCGAAGAUAGUCAGGCAUAUGAUCAUCGUGAAUUCUUCCAUUUCAAUGCCUUUGUGCCCAGGAUCAACCAUGGCAACGUAUUGAUCACAACUUGUUUAGAUGAGCUUAGUGGAGCGACUGAUUCAAUGCAUUUGGCACCGGUUGAAAACGAACUCACCGGUCAAAUGAUUGCACUGCGUGCUCGACGGAACGUACAACAUGUCGAAUCGUUAUUCCCGUAUCUCGACGGCCUACCUUUAUCGAUCUCGUUAGCCGGUGCAUAUCUGCGCGAUCCCAAAAACACAGUAGAGGGCAUCAUCUCCCAGACAGAAGCAUUCUUGGCUGAUCACGAGUCAACUUGUGAUGAUAACUUCACUAAAGCGGGCGCUGUCCCCACAUCUGACUACGCCCAAAGAACUGCGCGGAGCAAGCCAUUUGCAAUCUGGAAGAUGACGUACGAUCACUUAGCAUGGAGAGAGCCUGUCGCUGCGAGACUCGUCGACGUACUGUCUUUGUAUGGACACAGCAACAUCAGACCGGAAUUGCUUUUAAUGCACAGAAAAGUGCAACAAGAAAGUAGCAGCCACGCAACGGACGCAGACACCACUGCCGAUGCCAACGGUAGCAUCAAUGGCUUGCGCGAUUUCCUCGGCUCAGCUACCAAACGCUCCAUCCAAGACAAGAUCGAUGUGUUGAAAGAUUGCGCUUUGCUGAACGAAGGUACGCGAAGCGGAUCAGCUUCAAUGCACAGAAUGAUACGCACCUGGACCUCUGAGAAUAUCAGGCUUGCCAUCAAUAAGAAACAGCUGUUUCCGCUUGCAAUAUCGCUUGUUGCAGCCAUGGCCGAGUCUUUUGGACACGAGUUCAAUCCUCAUGGCCAUGAUGAUUCGUCAGUAGCUCAUGCAAAAGCGAUUGGCGCCUUCGUAAAAUCGUUGGACUAUGACGAGAGCCUUGGAAUCGAUUGUAUGGCUAUUGCCGGUUAUCUCGAGCAAUGGGAGUAUUCAAAGGAAGUAGAGAAUCUCUAUGCGUAUGCCCAACGAGCGUUUGAGAAGACUGCGGAUCGCCGCUGGUAUCGCGCGACUUAUAAGCUUGGUAUCAUAUACCACAACAGGGGCUUGAUUAACAGAGCAGGGCAUGAAAUGGAAAGAGUGCUGGAACAAGCCAAAGCGACAGCAAUCUCCGGCGACGACGAAUACGUAUCGAUGUCGAGCGCUUUGUGUGGCUGUAUAUGGGCUGAGCAAGCGGAAUACGCCAAGGCAAUGUCAUAUCUGCAGCGAGCGCGGCGAGGAUUCGAGUCAAGUGACGGUCUGUCUAGCUUGAGAGCUCGUCAAAUAACUCAAAAGCUUGGUCUACUGGCUCUGAGAAUGGGUCGCUUGGAUGUGGCUGUAGACAUGCUUUCACACGUACGACAGGGACCUACGUUGACGAGCAGUUCAACUGCAUCGCUUCGCCUACAACAACUAUCCGCAGCGCCCGGGCUUAUCGAGGCAUACUUGAGACUUGGUUCAGUGCACGAGGCCGAAGCCACAGCACUGAGUGUAUGUAAAGAUGCAGAGAAGAUAUUGGGUCCUACGCAUCCGUCGACAUAUGCAAGAUAUUACACUCUCGCCAUUGUCUACGCUCAUCAGCACAAAUUCGAGCUGGCCAAACAGGAGUACGACAAGGCUAUCGACGGGCGAUCUAUGAUAAUCCAAAGGGAUCGUAAAGACAUCUAUGAUGCAUUCAUUCGACUAGAAUACGUAACCAUCGAUCGAAAUCAGAAGGCCCAGCCAGCACCACAACCAAUAUACGAAUCAUUCUGCAGGCAAUAUCCUGUAGACCAUCCUGGUCCGAUGAUAGCCCUCACCAGUCUCGCGCACUCAUGCCAUCGCCAGGGAAGGCUGCAAGAAGCCGAGCAGCUGUGCCGCCGCGCGCUUAAAACUCAGAUCAGAUACCUUGAUACCAGCCACGAAAUCGUGCCUGUGACGACCUUUGCUCUCGGAAUGAUCCUUGAAGAUCUAGGAAAAACAGAUGAAGCGAUAAACACCCUGAUAGACGCGAUUCAAGGCCUUGAGAGAGCUGGGAGAUCCCAACGUGAUAUGUUGCUUAUGGCGUAUCGCGCCCUGAUCAGCGCUUGCGAGAAGAACGGUUCUAGGGACAGCCCUCUAUUCUCGUGCUUGUAUAGCACAACGCUGUAUCAUCAAGCGUUCGAGAGAUCAUUAUCCGAGCAGCAUUCGGUUAUCGCGUGGUUGGACAUACUCCGCGUGCCCAACCCACGAAGGCCCAGCCAGGCGAUCGCCGAGAAUGGUCCGGGAGCUUGCCCGGAACAAGUAGAAACUCCUCAGAAGGAGAAACCGCUAGAGAGAGUCAGCCGUCUCAACCGUCUAUGGGAAGAGAUCUUUGCUGCGGAAUGA